GUUACUCCAUCAACCAAAUAAUGACUCAGCAUUCGAGGUCUUGACCCUCAACUUCAGCCAUUACAACUUACAUGACAAGACAUAUACACGCUCGCGCCCGCCUCAGUGAGCGCGAUACCUUAGCACAUCACCCGUCUUCUCCCAUAGUGACCGCUGGAACGUCGCCAAGAUGCCGAAAGCAGAGGUAGGUUCGACGAAACACUUGGCGAACAAGAUGAAGGCCAAGGGCCUCCAGCGCCUUCGCUGGUAUUGCCAGAUCUGCGCAAAGCAGUGCCGUGAUGAGAAUGGCUUCAAACAGCAUACAAUGUCAGAAGGCCAUGUGCGCGCCAUGCUACUGGUUGGUGAAGACCCGAAGAAGUUCAUCAAUGACUACUCCAACCAGUUCAAGCGCGACUUCUUGCAAUUACUGAAGACCAGUCACGGUGAGAAGAAGGUCAGCUUGAAUGGCUUCUAUCAAGAGUAUAUUCGUGACAAGGAGCAUGUCCAUAUGAACGCUACCAAAUGGCCGAGCUUGACGGAGUUUGCGAAGUACCUGGGGCGGGAGGGUAUAUGUAGGGUCGAAGAGGGUGAUAGAGGGCUUGAAGUGCAAUGGGUGGAUGACUCACCGGAGGCUGUGCAGAGAAGAGAGGACAUCAAGAGAAAGGAGAAGUUGGCAAAGGGAGACGAGAGCAUGGAGUCAAGGUUGCUUGAGCAACAGAUCAAGAAGGCGAAAGAAGCGGCGGCGAGGACAGGGAGAAGCGAAAACGAGAGGCCGGCAGAGCCAUUAGAAGUUACUCAAGCGGAGCCUGUCAAGGUGUCACUAAGCUUAGGUGGUAAAGUCGCGCCUAGGACGGAUAACCCAGCCAAACCGCGAGCACCGGAUGCGCCAGUAGCGAUUGACGUGUUCUCCGCUGUGGAAAACCCACCGGAACCUGCAGCAGCGGAACGUGGAACGGUGGCAGAUGAUGCACAUAACGAAGACGAAGUGCCGGCCGAGGAAGAGCAACCACCACAAGCGGCGCCAAAGAUGUCAUUAUCGCUAUCCGGAAAAGCAAAGCAAAGCAAUCCGCUUAUGAAGAGGAAUCCUCUCCUUGGGAAGAAGGAUGCUAUUGUUGCGCCUGCGGAGAAGAAGAUGAGCAAUGCUGAGCGGAUAAUGCGAGAAGAACUCGAGCGGAAGAGGUUAGCCGACGAACGGCGCUUUGGCGGUGGCGGCAAAAGGCAGAGACUUGGUUGAGUCGUUUCCUUCUCCAGCAUGCCGCUACCUUGUGCCUUGCGACUGCUGAUAUGAUCUAUUAGCGAGGUGUUAUGGGCUUUGCGACCGAUGCAUGACUGUACGUGUUCUAUAUCAUUGUACCCGCCAUAGCCGGCGAAGGGCAGCGACCUGCGACCCGCUCACAAGCUAGUCUCUAGCAUAAUGAUGGCCUCGGCUACAGACUGGUAACAGUCUUCAUUUAGCAGGCUCCAACUGGUCGCCAUCCAAACACUUGCUUUAGUAGACGUAUCUGAAGGACAGAUCACUUUUGUCUGUAGCCCCGGUCCACUUGUCCU